UGUGUGCUGGGGGGGUGCGCGUGUGUGAGUGCGUGAUUGUGCGCGUGCGUCUGUCUGUCUCUCAGCGUCUGUGAAGCGGAGCUCCGGAGGCGAUGGCGAGCGUACGGGCGGCGGGCACACUGAUCAGAUCUGCGGCCAGCAGAUACCCUCAUUUCUCCGUGAAUGGACGCCGGAACUUCUCUGCAUCAUCAGCUCUGCUGGCUCGCACCUAUGUCAACUAUGAGCUCAAAGAUGACGUUGCAGUCAUCAAGAUCAACGACCCUUCAGGCCGGGUGAACACGCUGACGAAGAUGAUGGAGUCUGAAAUGAUGGAGGUGUUGUAUGAGGUUUGGGGUAAUGGGGCAGUGAAGAGCGCUGUGGUCAUCUCAACCAAACCAGGCAGCUUCAUCGCAGGAGCCGACCUCAAUAUGAUCAAGGCCUGUAAGAGUGCAGAGGAGGUGUCUGGACUCUCACGGGAUGGACAGAAGAUGUUUGAGAAGAUAGAAAACUCUCCAAUCCCCAUUGUGGCAGCUAUUAAUGGACCUUGUUUGGGAGGAGGCCUGGAGUUUGCGAUUGCGUGUCAGUACCGUGUGGCUACUAAGUCUAAGAAAACUGUCCUGGCCUGUCCAGAGGUGUUGCUGGGUCUGCUGCCAGGGGCUGGGGGCACUCAGAGACUGCCCAAAAUGCUGGGGCUUCCUGCUGCACUUGACAUGGUGCUGACUGGAAGGAGUAUUCGACCAGACAAGGCAAAGAAAAUGGGCCUAAUCCACCACGUAGUCGAUCAACUGGGUCCUGGACUGAAUGACCCAGAGGCGAGUACAAUGAAAUAUCUGGAGGAGGUGGCUGUGGGCGUGGCUAAGGACCUUGCUAAAAAGAAAAUCUCUUUGGAGAAGAAAAAAGGCCUAAUGCAAAAGCUGCAGGACUCUGUGUUGGGAUUGUCUUUUGUAAGAAAACAAAUCUACAAUACAGUCCAGAAGAAAGUGAUGAAGCAAACCAAAGGCCUUUACCCUGCACCACUCAAGAUCAUAGAGUGUGUGCAAACAGGUAUAGAGAAGGGUUCUGCUGAAGGAUACAAAGUAGAGUCUGAGCACUUUGGGAAACUGGCGAUGAGUUCAGAGUCCAAUGCCCUGAUUGGUCUAUACCAAGGCCAGGUGGCUUGCAAGAAGAAUAACUUUGGCAAGCCAGAGAAAGACGUAAAGAAAUUAGCCAUCCUGGGGGCAGGACUGAUGGGAGCAGGAAUUGCCCAGGUAUCGGUGGAUAAAGGCAUAUCCACCAUCCUGAAGGACACCGUAACAGAAGGAGUAGUCAGAGGAUACAACCAGGUCUACAAAGGCAUGAAUGAUAAAGUGAAAAAGAAGAGCAUGACCUCAUUCGAAAGGGACACAAAUAUGUCCUUCUUGUCAGGACAGAUCGACUACAGUGGCUUCCAGAAUGCAGAUAUCGUGAUCGAGGCAGUGUUUGAAGACCUGUCAAUCAAACACAAAGUACUGAAAGAGGUGGAAGCUGUGAUUUCUCCUCACUGCAUUUUUGCAUCCAACACAUCAGCACUGCCCAUCAAAGAUAUCGCAGCUGCCAGCAAGAGACCCGACAAGGUCAUUGGGAUGCACUAUUUCUCACCAGUUGAUAAGAUGCAGUUGCUGGAGAUCAUCACCACAGAUAAAACGUCUAAAGACACCACAGCUACAGCCGUGGCUCUGGGGCUCAAACAGGGCAAACUCAUCAUAGUGGUUGGGGAUGGACCAGGAUUCUAUACUACACGCUGUCUGGGUCCUACACUAUCAGAAGCAGUAAGGGUACUACAGGAAGGGGUAACGCCGAAAAAGCUGGACUCCUUGACCACGUCUUUUGGCUUUCCUGUGGGAUUGACGGCUCUGAUAGACGAGGUGGGCGUGGACGUGGCGGCUCAUGUUGCAGAGGAUCUUGGGAAGGCGUUUGGGCCUCGAUUUGGGGGAGGAAAUCCAGAACUGCUGAAGACGAUGGUGCAGAAAGGCUUUAAGGGUCGUAAGACUGGUAAGGGAUGGUACAUAUAUGCUGGCAAGAAGGAGAAGCAGCUGAACUCUGGAGCAGAAGAGGUUCUAAAAGCCUUCAAGCUGACAGCGCCCCCUGCUGUGUCUGGGGAUGAAGAUGUUCAGUAUCGUCUGACGUCUCGUUUUGUGAAUGAGGCUGUUCUGUGUCUGCAGGAGGGAAUUCUGGCCGAUCCCAUUCAGGGAGACAUUGGAGCCGUGUUUGGCCUGGGCUUCCCUCCCUGCCUAGGAGGUCCGUUCCGGUUUGUGGACUCGUUUGGAGCAGAUAAACUAGUUCAGAAGAUGAAACGUUACGAGGACGUUUAUGGAAUCCAGUUCACCCCCUGCCAGCUGCUCUUGGACUAUGCUAAGGACCCCAGCAAGAAGUUCCACAAGUGAACCUAAACCAGAGGUCAAUAACAGCUUUUUGAACUUGGGUUCGAGGGUCACCAUAACUCAUCCGUCCACCUCUAAUAAUCAUGUUGGGUGCUCUGUUUCUCUAUUUUCACUGUUUAAGACAUGAUAAGCAAUAAUCACACAUUGGUACUCUGUAUAAUUAUGCUCAUUUCUUGCUGAACACAUUUAUGUUUUUAGUUUUUGUGCCUUACUGUACAAUCAUGUUGACAUAACUUGUUUCAGUUAACAUAUGUGCAAUAGAUGAUAAGUGCUAAUGAUUUUAGGCAUUUUCUGGGAAUUGCGUCCUUAUUUAAUGGCUUGAUAUCAUGAUCCCUCAGCCGUGAUGAACUGUAACUAAUGCAGCUAUAUUGUGAUCAGGUUCUUCCCCGCCAUGAAUUCAGACUGUCUGUCUGUGUGGGAAGAUGGGAGAUAUGACUUUUGCACUUUCUGCUGUUGUUUAUUUGUUGUGUAUAGAAUUUUUCUUUUUUUUUCGUUUGUGAAUAAUUGUAAUUUAAUGAACUUUAACUCUACAGAUAUUAGGCAGUACUCUAGAAAUAACUGGCUGCUUUUCAUGCUUCAUAUCAUAAUUCCUUUAGAUAAAUCCUGCACCUAAAUCUGGAUGUUUUGUUUCUGUAAUAGAUGGAAAGGUAGCCGUCCCUCUGCCCACAGCUGCUGUACAUUAUGUGUAAUAUAAUGGAAUAAAAAUACCUACUGUGUCUCACUCUA